AUGAGGAGGCGCAGGCACCAUCCGCCACCAGCGCAGGCACCAUCAGCCUCUUCAUUGAUGGCAAUCAUAGCUCUAAUUCUAAGAAUCAUCACAUGGGUUUGUCUCAUAAUUUCAACCAUCAUAAUAGUAACAACUACUGCCACAAUAAUAGGCACUUAUCAGACUGUCGAAAUUCACUUCAAUGAUAUAAUUGCUUAUAGGUACGUACUAGUUGUCAAUGUUCUGGGACUGGUGUACACCAAAUUGCAGUUACCAUCCUCAAUCCGCCUUGUAAUCUCGGGAAAUCCUCUGUGGAAGAGUCCUGGUUUCCUCAUGUAUGAUUUUCUCGGUGACAAGAUCCUUUUAUCACUAUUAGCAACUGAGGUAGGUGCGGCAUUUGGUGCUACACUGGAUCUCAAGAAAAACCUGGAUGACUUGAAUGAUAUCCUUCUAGAAAACUAUAAGAACACGGCCCUUUCCCUAAUUCGAGUAAAACUCGAUGAUUUUUUUAGCAAGGCCUAUGUCUCAGCAGGAUUCCUUCUCAUUGCUUUGCUCACCUCAGUAAUUUCGUCUGUAAUUUAA